UUUGAGCGUGGAAGAUGACCCAAACUGGUACCUGGCAGAACAGGAUGGGCGAAAGGGUCUUGUGCCGUGCAAUUACAUCUCCUUCCGUCCUAACCCCUGGUAUAUGCAGGCCUGUCCUCGAAACACGGCAGAAGAAUGUCUCCUUGAAACUGACCCCUGCACCGGUCUUCCCGUCCAACCCGACGGUGCUUUUGUGGUCCGACGUUCAGAGUCCAAUGGACCUGGAUUCAGCCUCUCCGUUAAGUAA